GGCGCCCCUAGCGGUGCGUCGGAGUCCUCUCAGAUAGGGAUCUCUCCCGUGCAGGGCUCCCUGUCCUUUCCCUAUGGUCCCUGUACCUUAGGCUGGAGGUCGCAAACUCUGGCGUUGGAGGGUUCCACGGUGGCCGGAGAAGUUAAAAGGGAGGUUGGAGAGUGUGGCCCAUGGAGCGCUGGCCAUGCCACUCAAGGAAGACGUCCGAUUGAAAUGUGGUUCUUAUAACAUGGUGUCCGAUGAAUAAAAGGAGUGGGGGAAAGACUGCGUGGCCCGCGGGCCCCCAGUUUGCGCCCUCUGCCCCAGAGGCUCAGUUUACACAUUUGUGUGAUGGGGGCGCCCUACCCGGCUGAGUACUCAGUCAGUGUUCUCCAUUCUAUGUCGGCUGUUGGGCAACACCGCUCUACCCAAUUUUCAGCCAACCUGGCGGUCACAGACCUGACGUUCCUGCUGUGCUGCGUGCCCUUCACCGCUCUGCUCUACCCGCUGCCCGCCUGGGUGCUGGGCGACUUCAUGUGCAAGUUCCUCAACUACGUCCAGCAGGUCUCGGUGCAGGCCACGUGCGCCACCCUGACCGCCAUGAGCGUGGACCGCUGGCUCCGCGGCCGUGUCCGCGCCGGUUCUCGCCCUACAUCGCCUCUCGCCCGGACCGCGCACCUACUGCAGCGAGGCCUUUCCCAGCCGCUCCUUCGAGUGCGCCUUCGCGCUCUACAACCUGCUGGCGCUCUACCUGCUGCCGCUGGUCGCCACCUGCGCCUGCUACGGGGCCAUGCUCCGCCACCUGGGCCGGUCCGCCGUGCGCCCCGCGCCCGGCGACAGCGCCCUGCAGGGGCAGCUGCUGGCGGAGCGAGCGGGCGCUGUGAGGGCCAAGGUCUCGCGGCUGGUGGCGGCCGUGGUCUUGCUCUUCGCCGCCUGCUGGGGCCCCAUCCAGCUGUUCCUGGUGCUGCAGGCGCUGGGCCCGGCGGGCGCAUGGCAUCCGCGCAGCUACACAGCUUACGCGCUCAAGAUCUGGGCUCACUGCAUGUCCUACAGCAACUCGGCGCUGAACCCCCUGCUCUACGCCUUCCUGGCCUCCCACUUCCGCCAGGCCUUCCGCCGCGUCUGCCCCUGCGCUCCCCGGCGGCCCCGCCGGUCGGGACCCUCGGACCCGGCCGCCCCCCAAACCGAGCUGCGCCGCCUGACCGCCCACCAGGCCCCUGCCAGGACCCCGAAGCCAGGCAGCGGUGGGCUGGGGCCGCAGAGGCUGUGUGUACUGAGGGAGCACGCUGCCCCUCUCUGAGCCCUCUCUGGGGGAAUCAAGAUGGGCCCCUCUGGAACAGGAGCGGCUUAAACAGCAACUGCUGUAAUUCUGCUAUUAAUGUCUUUAUUUUUGUCCAUGUUCAUCAUAGUGAAAAUGUUUUGCGCUCUUGUACAACUUUGCCACUGUUGAUAUUGUAAUUAUUAUUUCUGUGUUUCCUGAAGUUGAAGAUGCUUUGCUGAUGGCACUUUCUGGAACUUUCAAGGAAGCAUCAAUAGACGUUUUCACACACUGCCUUGCAGCUGACUGUAAAAUUGUAAAAUUCAUGCCAUUUUCAGAGAUGUUAAAAAGUGAACACAAUGUGCAUCUUAAAAUUGAUAAAAAGGUGCUCUUCUUGCUACCAGGUGAGGGUCCAGAAUCCUGGCUGGAAAAUAAUGGGUGUCACUGAAUAAAUAAGGCCUCCCUG